AUGGAAAGUCAGCAGUUGAUGGCAUGUGCCAUCCUUGUCAUCGUGCUGGUAAAUGUACUUCUAUGCGCCCUGUCACUCUUCGAUUUCUCGCUUCUCACCCUCUCCAUUCCAAUUUUUGUAAUCCCAAACCUCGAUCUGUGGGCCGACGAUCGAUCGUUAUCAACAUACAUGGCCUAUAUUCUGAAAAUGAUCUACCCAAUCAAUUUGAUGAUGCAGACAUGUUCAGUCUACAUCAUGGUCAUGAUCACUUUGGAACGAUGGGUUGCUGUGUGCCGUCCUUUACAAGUCCGAGUGUGGUGCACUCCUCGAAAAUCACGAAAUGCCAUUCUCGUCAUCAUCGUCUCGGCUUUCCUCUACAAUUUCGUUAGGUUUUUCGAGUACCGAUUUGUAUCCACGGAGACUGGAGCGAUUUAUGAAAAGUGGUUACGAGAUCCCGGAACUCAUAGGUGGUACUAUGUGGGAUACUACACAAUCAUGUACAUUGUCACACACUUCCUGGUGCCCUUCUCAGUGAUGGCGUUUGCCAAUGGACAUGUCAUUGUGGCGAUGUGCAAACUGAGUAAAACAAGACAAAUGCUCACGAGACAGCAACAACGAGAGCAGUCGACGACAGUUAUGCUACUAAUCGUCACAUUUGUUUUUGCCAUUUGCAACACUCUUCCAUUUCUUCUAAACGUCUCCGAGAGCAUUUUUCCGACAUUGUUCCAAGACGAGAGCACGAGGGGAUUGGCAUAUUGGCUGAAUGAUCUUUCAAACCUUCUCGUCGUUCUCAAUUCUGGAACCACCUUCAUCAUCUACUUCACGUUCUCAGAAAAGUACAGACAGACGUUGAUUUUCAUUUUGAAGAACGGAUGUUGUGCCACCGUCAGUGACUACAACAACUAUACAGCAAUGUCUAGAACAGCAUCGAUGAGAAUAUCUAGUGAGACGGGCGGUCAGAUACAAAGACAAGGUUCCAGAAUGAGCAAUAGCAGCCGCUCAUCGGACGUCCUACUCAAACCAAUUUACAUGCAGAAAAGAAGCGAGCGCUUCUCGUCGGAAUACAACGAACGAACUUGCAAACACCUUGCUCCUUUCGAAGACUACAAAUUACCAAGAUUGCCGAACGAGAAGAGGAAGAAGAAACUGCAUAAAAUGUCAGCCGUGGAGCAUCGUGGUAUGCCUGAAAUCACAAUCACAUUCAGUGAGGAUACACCCGAUGGAGAACCCGAUUCUCCGUGUCAGCCGUGCUAG